AUGGACAUGGACAUGGGCAUAGGCAUAGGCAUAGGCAUAGGCAUGGGCAUGGGCAUGGGCAUGGACAGACAGCAUGGCGGCAUGGCAGGAGAAAGGCAUGGCAUGGCGAUGGACAAGGGACGGGCAUGGGCGUCGGCAUGGGGGAUGGAGAUGGGACAAGGCCCCCCUGGACGGUUCGGCGGUCGAGGGCAGCGGGCGGGUCGUGUUUCAGCCAGUUUCAGAGUAGUAGUAGUAGUAAUAGUAGCUGAGAAGAGAAGCAGAGGAGGAAGAGGAGGAAGACUAGACGGCGUGCUAGAGAGACUAAAGUAUCAGAGUCAGUCAGAGAAAGAAGAAGAAGUCGAAGUCGAAGAGUAA